AGAGAACAGCCUGGACAACAUCCACACUGUUCUGAGCGUAUGCGAGAUGAUGCAGAGAGAGGUAAUCACACGACAGAUGCUGGACCUGGUGCGGACAGUUCAAGGGAUUACGGAGUCCAGCAUUGAAGACGCUGUCUCUGUCUUGUCGUCACCAUCAACAGACACAUCACUACCAUCACCUGACCCUGCCACAGACACAUCACUUCCAUCACCAGAUCCUGCCACAGACACAUCACUUCCAUCACCAGAUCCUGUCACAGACACAUCACUUCCAUCACCAGCUCCUUUCACAGACUCAUCACUACCAUCACCAGAAUCUGCCACAGACACAUCACUACCAUCACCAGAUCCUGUCACAGACACGUCACUACCAUCACCAGAAUCUGCCACAGACACAUCACUGCCAUCACCAGAUCCUGCCACGGACUCAUCACUACCAUCACCAGAUCCUGUCACAGACACGUCACUACCAUCACCAGAUCCUGUCAUGUACUCAUCACUACUAUCACCAGAUCCUGUCACAGACACGUCACCACCAUCUCAAGUACUGGUUUUUGACCUGGAGCCAUCAGUCAGCUCACCCCCGUUAUCAUCAAGAGGAGACCUGGCCACACUUGUAAAUACAGCCCCAAUGACACCGGCAUCCAAUGAUCACCCCACAGUAUCCGCUACAACUCCAUCCUGCAUGAAGGAAGGGCCCUUGACACCGACAACUGGGAUCCUGCCAUUCUUCAAGCUUGCUGGACAGAAGAUCGCCGGUCUGAAUCAGAUGUCCUCACCAUGCAAGAACACAUGUCCCUAUCAUGCUCAGAGACGAAAAGGCUUGAAGUUUCAACCUUCCCAUGAGAAUGAGACAGACGCCCUAACAGACAGGAAUGAUAAGCAGAUACCCAUGAACGAGCGGGUGACUCUUCCGCCAAGGCAGGCAACAGAUGAGGUGACCACACAUCCAUCAACUCCACCAUCUUCUAUCCUGACCUGCAAACCAUUCCUCUGUUCAAAUAGCUUCACUCCAAACAAAGCACCAGUGACAGAUGCUUCACAAGCAACAUCUGUAAGGAAAGCAGGCACCACAGUCCCAAAAUCAAGGCAUCCCCCAAGUCCACUUGCAGCCUCAGCAAGUCAAUCACACACAUUCCAAACAUGGAAGGCAUCCUUCAUGAAGGCCCACACACCAAAGCAGAAGAUGUUGAAAGUAAAACCCUUCCAGAUGACACCAGACAUGAGAACAUUGAAUAAGGAUUCAUGGAGGAAACCAUUGAUGCAGGAUGUGAUGGAGUCGGAUGAGACAACUGUACCACACGAGCAUGAAUCAACCAGACAUCGAAGCAAGGCAACUGAAGACUCACCCAAGACGAGGAACAUGUCUUCCCAACUGCCAUGGAGGCUGGCUAGUAAAUCCAAGUCACUGUUGCAACCCUUUGGAGCCUCCCCCCUGUCUCAGUCUUCACCAGCAUUGUGUUCUGUGAUAUUGGCAUCUGUGGUUGCACGUCCAGGGUCAUGUAGGGACCCAGAGACCAUACGAGAAAGAACAAGAAAUGCUAAUAUUUUGAUGAUGAAUGAAUCCGAGGAAGGAGAGAACAGUUUUGGCAGUGGGUUUUGGGACCUCCGGACAACCAUGCCUGAUUCACAGAACAAGGAGACUGUAACAGACAAUGACAUCCACGAAGGAAAUACCAAGUCUGUUGCCUUUCCAUCAACAUUGCCACUGCCUCUGUCAGACAAUUCAGUGCCCGAUGCAUCACCAACUUUUGAGAGUGCAAAAAGAAAGCUUUUCUACAAUGAAAACAGAACUGUUCCUCUGAAGAAACGCUUCAACCCAAAUUUCAGUGAGUUGGCAAGAGACCAUACUCCACACAAGACCUCUGCAUCCCAAGGGAAGCCAUGCACUCCCCAUGGGAAGUCGACUUCCCCCAAAAAGAAAUCUGGCAUUCAUGGGAAGCCAAACACCCCCAAAAAGAAAUCUGGUGUUCCUGGGAAGCCGAACACCCCCAAAAAGAAAUCUGGUGUUCAUGAGAAGCCGAACACUCCAAAGAAGAAAAGUGGAGUCUGUGGGAAGCAGGUCACUCCCCACAGAAAGUACCAGGAGAGGAAAUCAUGCAUCGAGGAGACGUCACGGACAUCAAGAGCACGACUGCCAAUACAGAGUGCCAGUCUAGAGGAGGAGUCGGUGCUGCAGCUGGAGGAAAUGCUCACAGCCUUCAUGACGGGGAGGAAGCAGGCAACGACAAAGAUCCUGCCCCCUGCCAAGCAAAACCAGCUGAUUGAGUUUGCCGGCCUGUGCUACAUCUCGGCUACGAGGACUGCUGGAGGUGUACGACUCAGGAAAACAAGUGCUAGUCGAGCCCCCAUUCCCCUGGACAGAGAGUGGAUGUUGUCCUAGCAACAGGUGACAACCGACAACAUCAUCUAGGGUUGCCCUAACAGCCAACAGCAUCUACAGUGUUGUCCUAUCUACCAGUGUAGACGUUUGCAAUAACCUUUGCCAGCAACACCAGACACUUGUUGCUUAUUUUCUACAAGCCUACCGCAUUGGAAUCAGUAGUAGAAUACCCACUAGUUUAGGAAGCAUUCCCAGUGACUGAUACAAUUGUGUAUCACACUAAGGCAUAUAUCUGCCAUAAUAUACCAUUCCAAUACAGCCAUGAUAUAAACACUAUACUCAUCAUACUGAUUGUUGAUGAAAACUGUUACCUGUGCCUUUCCACGAAAAAAGUACAUACUAGCAUCCUUAAGAACUGAUACGUUAUAUUUAUGAAAGUUUGCCUUGCUGAUAGAUGUGUUAACAAUGUCAUGGCCAUAAUAUGUGAAUUGAUAGGUUGGUUACUGGAAAAACGAGUACCAGGUAUAUUGUUUGCUACAAAUCAGUCCAAAGGCAACGUGCAGCCAAACCCUCAAGGACACUGAUCCCAUUGGAAAGCUGAUAUUACCUCAUGUUGAUUUUACCAGGAACUUUCCUAGUCAUCUGUUUUGCAUGUUGACGCAAUGUACUUACUUAGCAGUUAGCAGGGCUUGUUUUUACAAUAAAAGAAUUGA